CGACCUUCAUGAUCGCUUCAGCGAUGAUUUUGCGAGGCAACUGCACCGAUACUCUCCCAGAGGACGUAAAGGAAGAGGGCGGAGGCGCUUCGUGCUAUCAAACGGUCGCAGCGCCGGGGGGACGCGUAGUCAAGGAAUCAAAAUGCCGAACUUCGGUUGACCACAUUUAUUGAACGGACUGAGCUUUCGCGUUCUGCGGCUUGCGCCCGCGAUUGACAUGCAUCAUGGCUGAUACAGAGGACCUGCCUUUGCCGGAGCCGAUCGACGCGGAAGACGAGCAAUUCAAGAUACUCGCUCUACCGAGACCAUUUAUCCCCUAUUCCCUAGAGGAAAUUCGCCAGGAGAUCACUGAAUCCAUCGAUUCUAAGCUGCGCGCGAGUAGGAUAUCACUGUAUCCUGCUGUUGCGCUUCCGCUCUGUGUAUUGUCAUCUCUCGCCUCCAGCGGCGUAAAUGGCUUCACCGUGCGCGUCGUAACGAACAAUGUUGGCAUCUAUGCCUUCUUCCCAGCGUUUGUCUCUAGCUGGGCCGAAGCCAACGCUUUCCGCGCGAAUAUGCCUCUCGCCGAGCUACUAGAGGUCCACAGACAGCUGCGCAACGAUCCGAUCGUUCACAGCCGCAUCAGUCACUGGUACUAUGGAGUGUUUUGUGGUGUGGCACUAGGGCUCUUCCGAAAGGUCCACGUAUACCCCCUUCCCAAGGGCGCACUCAGCAUAGUCAAUGAGUGCGCAACCCGGCUAUUCUCCAUCCUCGAGACCGCUGUGUUUUUGGGCAGCAGCCUUGGCGUAUACUAUUUCUACGCUAAACAGCUUCGCUCCACAAAUGUGCGAGCUGCGCUGUUUGAGAGAAUGCAAUCGGUAGUGCAACACAGCGCGUGGUACAGAGACUACGCUUCGAUGCAGGCGUCAUCUGCAUUGAAGAUCGCCGCUACGUCUUCCUUGGUGGCGAUACCAACUGCAUUGGGAUCCGCUGCCACCAAUGCUUCUUCUCUGCGUUUUGUCAGGCUGUAUGCUCGUCGGGCAGGAUUUUGGGGCGGCCUAGGGAUUCUGACCGCUAUGCCGAUGACGCACGACUUGCUCGUAGAAGGCAUCGCGACGUCCAGCAUACUACAAGAAUUUAGAGCUGCUCUGCGAAGCGACACCUCUCGGGCUUGGGACAAGCAUAUCCUCUGCGGGGCAUUUUUUGGAGGGUCGGUCGUGCCAUUCUUGAUCAGACGUGCGCCCAGGAUUCACAUCAUGCGCGAUUUCGUGCGUGCCGGGCAGUUCAUACGCUCGCCGCGCAACGUCUUCGUCCUCGGAAGCGCCAGCAUCAUGGCAGGAGGCAGUCUUGGCUCAUUGGCGUUCAUCGCGCGCCACCUGCUCAGGUCAAGCUCCAAUGGUGGCGAUGAUGGUCCUCGUCCAUAAGUAGUGGAAUGUGUUGCUUGUAUUCGGUGAAUGAUUCGAGCCAUCUCUCCUCAUAAUUCAGACGCAUAUCCUUCAUCGGUCUCACUGACUCGAGUACCACCCGCAGCACGUGUUCGCACACCGAUCAGAAACUAUAUGAACUUACAAGCCGCGCCGACGCGUUUGCUGGCCGAGCUCUGGCACUUCUGCUCCGCUCAGACUGCGCUGUUCCGACGACGUAAAAGAA